GGCUCCACUGCGUCGACUCAGAUCCCACCGAUCACUUGGCUGCUGGCGGUGGACUUUGCCCUUCUCCUUUAUGAGGAAGUCCUGGGUGUUUGUCGUCGACUGAGGCACAGCAUUAAAAUAUGAGUUGGACUUGUACUAAACAAUAACACAGUCUUCAUCGACCAGAAAUCAAAGGUGUGUCACGGCAGAGCUGAACAUGUUGAGGAGCAACAGUCCCUUUGGCAAUGACACCAGCAGCUUCACCGGAUCAAUCCAGUCCAAUGGUUAUUCUAUGGAUGAGGUUUCAUCACAGGUGUCAAGUCUGUCGAGGCCCAGUGCAAAGUCAAUUUACUUGCAAAGGAUGGAGUAUGCAGUAUCAAUAAACAAGAUGAUGAACAAAUUUCAGUACAGAGUGGAGCACUUGUUCACGUGUGACCUGGACGGGAAGGGCUUGACAAGCGUAGCAGACUGUGUGCAGCGGCUGAGGCUGCUGGACGGGACGGGCCGUGUGUGGGGUCAGAGCAUGCAGCUGGAGUUGCGAGGGGCCAACCUGCUGCUCACAGACAUCGAAACCAAGGAGGAGCUGGAGUCCAUGGCUUUCAGUGACAUCCUGGAGCUGAAGGCUGUGCUGGACGCUGGAGUGUUUAAGUCCCUGCUCACUGUGUCGCUCCGGCCUGAGGGGAAACACACCACCACUGUCUUCAUGUUUCAGUGUGAGGAUGUCCGGGCUGACUAUGUUCAGAGGGAUCUCUCAGGAGCAUUGUCCCGCAGGAGACAUGAUUUAAACGUCAGGAACAGCAAUGCAGGAAUAACAGACAGACAUCAAGGAAUGACAAACCUUCAUGCUGCUGAAGAAUCUCAUGAACCUAAAGAGCAGACGCCUGCAGUUGACCCAGAUCCCCAGUGGAUGGUUCCUGACUAUGAGGAGGAUAACGUCCUUGAGCCGGAACUGGUUGUACCUCAAGAGGACGAGGAGGAGGAGGAGGAGGAAGAGGAGGCCUCAACUCCCAGAGAGGAAGUGCCAUCACCACAGCACUCAACCAACGAAGAAGAACCUGUGUCUACCCCCCGGCCGUAUACCGAGCUGGACAGGAAUGUAGAUAUCUUGAACCAUCUUUUAAGUGACAUAGAAAUCUUCAUGGGAAAAAUAGCUGCAGUUGUAGCUAAAAAUGCAAAGAAAAAGAGGAAAAAGAAAAAAGGAAAAGUCAUGGAUGGUAUGCCCCCUCCAGCAGAAUUUGAAGUGGUUUUCCAUAAGAUCAAAUGUGGUUUCAACCUUGUGGGGGAGCUCAACGGGCUGAUUAAUAAUCCCAGCGGCCCUGAAUUCGUUCACUCUUUAUUCUCUGCAUUAGCAUUCGUGGCAUCUCACUGCGCCGAGGACCUGCCUCAGACCAUCGUGGCACCGCUGCUGACGCCUCAGUGCUUCCGUUUCCUGAGUGAAGAAGCCUCCACAGAGGAGGACCAGCUGUGGCAGUCUUUAGGAGACGCCUGGAACAUCCCCAGCACCAAAUGGCCCGAAGAUGACGAGGACAUCCCAACAUACACUCUGGAGUUCUCCGACGGCUGGCAGGCACCUGAGGCGACUGCAGCGCCUGAACCCAGGGAACCAAUGAGAAGGCAGGAACAACCUGCACCCAGCCAGACCUCCACCAAGUUGACACCAUCACUUCUGCCCCCACAAAAGACACGCUCAGGUGAGUCCAAACUGGGUUGCAUAUAUGUUACGUAUGACUUCAUUGCAAGAAACAACCGAGAGCUCAGCGUCAGAAAAGGAGAAAUAGUUGAGGUGCUGGACAUGUCCAAGCAGUGGUGGAAAGUGAGGAACAGCAGAGGGGAGGAGGGCUUUGUACCCAAUAAUGUCCUAGAGGCUCAAGACAAGCCACCGAUCGAAGCGGGCACCACUCACACACCGCAGCAUGCUGUCCUCACAAAGAAGUCCAAGCCUGCAGAAGUGAAAGCCUGGCUGGAGGACAAGGGCUUUAGUAAAAUCACUGUGCGCUGCCUGGGCGGGCUGAGCGGCUCGAUGCUGCUGGGGAUGACCAGAGAGGAGCUGAAGAAAGUGUGUCUCGAGGAAGGGGGGCGGGUCUUCUUCCAGUUACAAGCUGCCAAGUCCGCCAUGGCUGUUGCCAUUUAAAGGAGACCAACAAGAGAACUUCAGAGGACAGUGAGAAAUCAUCAUGGUCCGAAACAAGUCACCAGGUCCACCAAAUACUGUGAGCUCUCAGAUAAUAUGAAAGCAUAGGCUACAAAGUGUGGUUAGGUUUACAACUUGUUGGCAUAAUGUUAUCCCCCGAAAAGUUGUAUCAAAUAAUAUCAAUGUAAUUUUGAAAUGUAUAUUAGUCAAAUUUUCUGGUGUCAUUCAGAAAUGUCCUAAAAUCAAGUUAUUAGAUCAAGUGUUUAAAGUGCAUUAGAAAAUGUGUCCAGCAAUACCAUGAUAACAGUGUAUAGUAAGACAUUUAGCAAAGUGUGUACAUUAUUUAACACAAGAUGGCAAACGUUUCAAAAUGUAUCUCCUGGUAUGUGGUCAUAAUUUAAACUAGAAAUCAGUUAUCGGACACAAUGUUUUAGUGAAUAAACAUGCUUUAUUUCAUUGUUCAGACAUUACAAAUUAACCUUAUCAGAAGCAUCUGCUAAACACUGGCAAUCCAUUUCAGGCAAUAAUUUGUCUAUAGAUCAAUGGACAUACAAGUAUGAAAAAGUCAGUGACGAGAUUAUGUAAAAACAAAGAUACUUUAUGAGAUGUGUUAAUUUUUCUUUGUUGUCUAUGAUAGUAGUGGACUGUUGGACUGAAAUAAACUAUUUAAAAAAAAUCAA